CUGCUCUGAGUUGCUGCAGGUUUAAUGGCAGGGUUCAGAGGCGUCGCGCGCCGUCACCUGUGUGUGGUGUGACUGCAUGACAGAAACGCUGAAACAUGACGUGAACGCACCGCAGCUCGUGCCAUGAUUUGACAUUUCCUGGACACCUCUUGCAGCUGGAGGGAGUCCAGAGAUGCUGCGGCUUGUCUGGCUGCCGGAGUGCCGCUGCGCCACAGCAGGCUGCUCCCUCCAGCUCUGCUGAAACUGGACCUGAUUGCCACCCUCUUAACGCGUCCUGCGGGGAUCGAACCGCCGCUGCACGCUCCACCGCCCGCAGGAUGGGGAGCAGCUUCUCCAGCCUGGCUGCCUUCCAGUCCCUGCACAUCGUCAUGCUCGGCUUGGACUCUGCGGGGAAAACCACCGUCCUGUACCGCCUGAAAUUUAACGAGUUCGUCAACACGGUUCCCACCAUCGGCUUCAACACGGAGAGGAUCCGGCUGGGCGGCGCGGGGGCCUCCAGGGGCAUCAGCUGUCACUUCUGGGACGUGGGGGGCCAGGAGAAGCUGCGGCCCCUGUGGAAGCCCUACAGCCGCUGCACGGACGGCAUCGUGUACGUGGUGGACUCCGUGGACGCGGAGAGGCUGGAGGAGGCCCGGACUGAGCUGCACAAGAUCACCCGCUUCCAGGAGAACCAGGGGACCCCGCUGCUGGUCAUCGCCAACAAGCAGGACCUGCCCCGGGCGCUGGACGUCGGAGAGAUCGAGAGGCAGCUCGCGCUGGCCGAGCUGAGCCCCUCCACCCCCUACCACAUCCAGCCUGCCUGCGCCAUCAUAGGUGAGGGACUGCACGAGGGCAUGGACAAGCUGUAUGAGAUGAUAGUAAAGAGGAGGAAGUCAGUGAAGCAGAAGAAGAAGAAGCAUAAAGAAAUAUUAGAUCAUCAUGAAUGAAAUAAACUCAGAGGAGAAAAUCCUGCAGGUUUCUACACCAGGACGCUGUGGAUCAUGGAGGAAGCUUCCUGGAAUCAGUCCGUUCCAGGACUGUACAUCCUCCUACCGGCACCUGGAAGGCACUUUAAAAUAAAAUGUGUUAUUAUUUAAGUGUGAAAGCAGUUCAGGUUGGGAGAAGGAAAAUCCUGAUGCAUGUGUGGCGUAGACGGAAAGUUUCUUCCUCAGCUGGGAUUGUUCCUUCUCUGGAAACACUGACUUCUUCCACCACAUUCUGCAGCUUCUGUUUGUACAAAUUUCCCCACAAGAAGGAAAGAAGAAGAAAUGAGUUGCUGAAAAAGCAUCUGGAUGCAAACAAAAUGUGAUGAUAAUUCCAUUUAAAUUGGGAUUGGAACGGGAAUUUCCUGUUUAUGUUGCUACUAACAGCAGCUGCUGCUCUGCUGUCGGACCUUUGAGCCAAUCAGAUGUUUAGGACGUGAACGCACCAACAUCAGGUUUGACCUGACUGUGUUUACUCUGAUUCCUCAUUCACAGCUGUGUGGUUAGGUUUAGGAAAACAUACCCAUCAGCUUCAUGCAGUUUCCUUUCUACCCUCGUCUGCUGCGAGGUGACGCACACGGUGCGUUGAAACUGCAGGUUUUCUUACAGCCAAUCACAACAAAGGUUUCUCUUGCGGAUGCGUUUAGAAACAGAUGGAAACGAGAGCCGGUUUGGCAUCAGGU